CCUCAGUUAAACAAAUUUUUGUAAAAUAAUUUCUCUAAACGUUUAAUUAAAAAAACUGCUUUCUGAGAUGUCAGGCUUUAGUUUUGGAACUCCAUCUACAACAACUUCAACAUUACCUGCAUUUGGUGCUCAAAGCACGCCAACAAUGUCCUUUGGAACAGGUCAAGCUAAUCCUGCAAAUAUGUCACUAGGAACACCAAAAACAGGUGGAUUCAAUUUCGGUUCUUCCACCCCAGCCACACAAAGUUCAGGGUUUUCACUUCCAACUGUCCAACCACAACCAAGCUCAGGUUUUUCAUUCGGAACACCAACAGCGACUGUUCAGCCUCAACCACAGCAACCCCAACCUUCUACAGGAAUAUCUUUUGGGACACAGCAACAACAGCCAUCAACAGGAAUAUCUUUCGGAGCUCAGCAACCGUCUACAGGAAUUUCCUUUGGGACUCAACAGCCAUCAACUGGAAUAUCGUUUGGAGCUCAACAAACAUCAACAACUCAGCCACUAUCACUUUCAACGUCUGCGUCACAGGCACAGCCAACAGGAUUUUCAUUUGGUCAAUCUUCAACAGCAACAAGCACGACUUCGUCAUUACCAGCUGCAUCAUUGUCUCUUGGAGUGACGCCUUUAACUCAACAAUCUCAGCCACAACAACCCAGCACCGGAUUAACUUUUGGCUUGCCAUCAACACAAACUACAUCAGUAACAAGUUCUGCUCCUACUUUAUCAUUUGGUUCAGCAACUCCUGCAACAACAACUGGAUUAAAUCUUACUUUGAAUCCAACAAAAACAGCAACUGCUGGAAUUUCAUUUGGUCUUGCUCAACCACAGCCACAACAACAACAACCAAGCACUCAAUCUUCAUUCUUCGGUAUGUCACAGCCACAACAACCGCAGCAACAGUUGAGUUUGUUGCCAACUCAAUCAACACCAGCUACAUCAACAAUUGUUCAGCAAAACGUUGGACUUGGUGGUAUUGACAUGAACGCUACUCAACCAAAGGCGACUGAAGGUAAAAGUGAAUCAACGAAAGUUAAAGAGACUCAAGUGCCAAAAGAAAUUAUUCAAACUGUUGAUGAUUUCAAGACAUAUUUGAAAUUGCAGAAAACUCUUUCAGCUGAAAUUGUUCGUACAACAGAUAGAAAGUUGAAAUCUGUUUCAUCUGAAAUUCAAAGAUUGAAUUGUGUUGUUCAAGAUGCUGCCAUAAAUGUGGAUAAUAACAAGCUUGCUAUAAAGCUUCUGAGGAGUGACACAUCGAAGAUUAUUCAACAUGCUGACAUGGCACAAAGAACUCAUGAAACACCAAGUGGUUUACAAUUCGAGAACAUUAUGCCGCAGAUAUAUUUUAAUGAAUUAAUUCAUAAAUACGAACACGAUCUUUUAACGCUUAAGCAUCAAGUUGAACUCACUGAGAAGCAUCUUCAGUCGUUGUCAAAUCCACAGAACUUCUCUGCACAAGAUUUAAAACGUGGAUUGCAACAAAUACAUGAAAGUUUCAUUGCUUUAGCUGGGAGAUUACAGGAAACUCACACGAAAGUUGAGACACAGAAGGAGCAACAUUUAAAUUUGAGGAAAUUUUUACUUCGUGACAAUAAAAAUGUGUUUGAAGAGAGUCAAGAAAAGCAGAAUUCGUCUUCGUUAAACACAUCGAAAGUUCAGUUUGGACCAAAUCCUUUUUCGAACUCUCAUCAUGGAUUAAAUUUCUCGAAUCAAAGUGGAAGACAAUGGACUGGUAAUCAACAAACGGUAACAAAUCCAUCGUGGCCAACAAAUCAAACUGCUAAUUCAAUGUCUUUCUUCGGUGUUAAAAAUUCAAGUGUCUCAAGAUAUGAACACAGUAGACUGAAAUUCCUAGGAUCAUUUGGAGAAUCUUAUCAUGAAGAUGAUGAAAUCAGAAUAACAACAAAUGAACGAAACGAAAUCGUUGAUAUUUUAGUUCAUGACUUAGACAAAAAAUGCCGGCAGGAAAUUCUUAUAAUUCAUUAUGACAAGGAGAGAUUUCUUAAAUGCUACGACGAGCUAUACAAUCCUGUAGCAUCUGAGGAAAAUUUUGCAAUAUUUAUAGCGAAAGCUUUGAAAACCGAACAAGAAAAAACGAACGAAGGAAAUUUCUUUGAUUAUCUUUCCGAGCAAACUCACAAUUUCCUUAUUGCAUUCUCAUCAUUAUCAGCCAAAGUUCUCAAUCCAAUAUUCCAAGUGUUUAAUAGAACAGUUACAUAUCAGCAUUGCUCCAAUUGGCGAAGUUGUCUCAACGAUGGUCAAUCUAGAAACGGUUUUAUUGUGCUUGAUGUUCUAUUGGGAAUUUUAGUAUUUCUGUUGAUGAAUCACAUCCAACACACUGGCAAAUAUUUCAUGGACUUAACUGAGUUAAUUGUUAAUCGAUUGCGAAUAUUAUUAGAGAUGUUAGAUGGAUCACCGGCAGGUUUAAAACUCAAUGUACAACUUAACAAUUUUCUCUUGAGUUGUUUCAUGUAUCAUGUUGAAUUGUGGUGGAAUUUUAUUGUCAUAGUCGAGCCAGCAGUUCAUUACCUUUUUUUACCAAUAACAAUAUUUGGAUUGAUGGGAUUCUCGUUCCAAUGUGCAAUGUUGUGCGAUGUUAUUACACUCAUCACUCUUCACGCUCAUUGCUUUUACAUUUACGCGGCAAUGUUGUUUAAAUUAGAAUUGUAUAGUAUUCGGUCUUUGCUUCGAAUUGUUUUAGGCAGACGAUUGAACGUUCUGAAGAAUCGCGUUGAAUCGCAAACUUAUACAAACCGUCAGCUGUUUCUCGCGACUCUUUUCUUCACAACUCUUCUAUUUUUGCUUCCAACGAUCAUCAUUUAUUACCUCGUUUUCGCAUCGAAAGCAUCACAAAUGGCGAGUGGAAUUAAUGUUCAGUUUGAGGAAUUAUCUUAUAAAGUGAAAUGUGGCACAAUAAACAAAAUUGAUAAGACUAUACUUAAUGGAAUCAAUGGAGAAUUUCGUGGAAACGAACUUUCAGUUAUCAUGGGUCCGAGUGGCUGUGGGAAAACAUCGUUGUUAAAUGUUUUAACUGGAUUUGUGAAUGAAGGAAUCGAAGGUACACUGAGGAUAAAUGGUUCCAAAAGCAUGUUCAAAUCAAUUAGGAAUCAAUCAGCUUACAUCAUGCAAGACCAAACUCUUUACUCGCUUUUAACCGUCCAUGAAUCGAUGAUGUUCGCAAUAAAGUUCAAGACAGGGAAGGCAAUGAAUACAAAAGAUCAAAUUAAUAAAUGUAAUGAAACUUUGAAACGACUUGGACUUUUCAAUCAAAGUCAAUUAUACGUGAAAAACUUAAGUGGUGGUCAACAGAAGCGAUUGUCAAUUGCAAUAGAAAUUGUUGACGAUCCAAAAAUUUUAUUUCUCGAUGAACCAACAACCGGCUUAGACUCAUCUUCAUCAACACAAUGCUUGUCAUUGUUAAAACAGCUGUCGCAAGAAGGGAAGACAAUCAUUUGUACGAUUCAUGCACCAUCAGCUUUGAUGUUUGAAAAGUUUGAUCACAUUUAUGUGUUGGCUGAAGGAAGUUGCAUCUAUCAAGGAUCAAGUCGAAAUGUCGUUCCAUUCCUUACAAGCCUGGAUCUUAUCUGCCCUGAAUCCUACAACCCUGCUGAUUAUGUUUUAGAAAUAUCAACAAACGAUUAUGGUUUUCAUAAUCAACGCUUGACAAAAUGCAUUCAAAAUGGAUUAAACGAAGAGUUUAGAAAUCAAACGAAGGAUGACCAAAUUAAAAAUUAUCUCGAAUUACUUCCAACUAAGAAAAAAUCAAAAUAUUCAGCAACAUUCUUUUAUCAAUUUUCUCUUCUUUUACAACGAAACUUUACUCUUAUUCGACGUGACAAAAGCAACGUUAUAAUGAGAUUUAUGGUCAGCUUUAUAAUGGCAGUUUUUUGUGGUUGCUUCUUCUUCAGUGUGGGACAAUCAGCAACACGCAUCUUUGACAACUUCAAAUAUAUUUACGUCUCAUCUCAAUUCUUAACAUAUUCUGCUUACUACUCAAUAAUGGUCAAAUUUCCUUUAGAUCUGCCGAUUCUUAGAAGAGAACACUUCAACCGAUGGUAUGCAACUGGAAGUUAUUACUUAGCGCUUUCCAUAGGGGAUUCGCCAGUUUCAAUUAUUUAUGUUUUAAUUUAUUAUGGCGUGUCGUAUAUAAUGACUGGACAACCUUUAGAAUUUCAUCGGGUAACGCUUGUGAUCUCUGUGUGCAUAAUUAACUCCUUUGUGGCGCAAGCUUAUGGGAUGCUUGCUGGUUCACUUGGUGGCUUAAUGAAAACUCUCAUAAUUGCCAUGUUUAUUAUGGUUCUGCACAUAACAUUUGCUGGAGUUUUAGUGUUGGAAAAAGAUGCAAUUCCGCCAAUGUCAUGGUUCUUCGAUUACGAUUUUCUCAAGCACACAAAUGACGUUCUUCUAUUUGCUGCUUUUGGAUGGAAUCGAAAACGAUUAGAUUGUAUUGACGAAUUCUAUUGUCACUUUGAAAAGCCAGAGAAGUUUCUCAAGAUGAUUGGAACGCCAAAAAAUCCAAUUUCUAAUUUCUUCACAAUCUUUCCCAUUGUUUUUAUUAUCGUCCAUCUUCUGACCUUUUUUAACAUGAACAGGCUAAUUAAGCGUUCAAAAUAAUCCCUUAUAAAGAACCUUGCCUUGAAAAACUUGUCUGAAUUUUAUUUAGAAAAUAAACAAAUGAUUUCAUGCUUUAAACAUUUUUCAAAAAAAAAAACUUUUUUAGAACUUUACUUUGUGAAUAGUUGUAGUGUUAAUU